UCCGUCAGACAGAUGCAUUGGAACACACCGAAAUACCGCGGAGGCAGUGGAAGGAAUGCGCCAACCCACAAACCACCCGCCCUCCUUACCAACUACCUGCUGCCCCUUCCGUGGCAGAGUCUGCGGUUCCCACCUCGCUCUCAGCAAGCGUUUCAAACCCCACAGAACAAGGCUAUGCAUUCUCGAUCCCACAGAAGAAGUCCCCCCUUGUUUUUCUUCUCCCUUCCCACUUUUCGGUGCAUAAGAUCUUUUGGAGAAACAAAGGACUGCAGAUGCUAGGUUCCGGAAACAGCGGAGUUACGAAAUCCGAGUGCUGGGAUCAGCUAUUGUCAGCGAGGUGCGGGACCAGAGGGAACAGCGCUCACACUGUGAAAUCGUCAACUCGGACACCGCGGGGAUUAGCACAGGACCUCUGCGGAUUCCUCCAGGGUUUGUGGAUCGGAGUGGGGGAAGGUGGUCAUCGGUUACGCGCCCAAACUGAACCGGAUCGGGAUUUUAGAGAGAAUUGUGGACCCCCUUCACUCCAGAUGUCCUGGAAAGUUCAGCUUGUGAUGUGGGUCGCUCUGCUUCCCGUGGCGGUAGCUCUGCAAUCUGGAAACCAUUCACAAGGUAAAGUUCGACCCAGAACCUUUGCAGGUAUUUUGGAUUCUGAGCCUAAUGAAUUUAUCGAUCUUGAAGGGAAAAUUGAAGGUGAAGGUGAAGGUUCAGGCCAUUAUGAAGGAAGUGGACUCAGAGAAGGAUCUGGAUUUGAAUUGGAUGAAAAUGGAUUUAUUGACCCUGUUAAAAACUCCAAGAAACUCUCUGUGACCAUCCCAGAGUCAGCAAGAGAAUAUCUAACCAGCCAAUGGAUUACUGUAUUUAUCCCUUCUGUUUACACUAUUAUUUUUGCAAUAGGAUUGCUUUUCAACUGCAUAGCAAUCUUAACCAUUCACUUUAAAAUGACAUUUGAUAAGCCAACUGUAAUUUACAUGUUAAAUUUGGCCCUGGCAGAUUUAUUAUUUGUGCUGUUGCUUCCAUUGAAGAUCUCCUACUAUUUUUCUGGUAAUGAUUGGAGUUUUGGUUCUUUUCUCUGCCGACUGGUCAAUGCUAGUUUUUACGCAUACAUGCACUGUUCAGUGUUACUGAUGAUGUGUAUUAGUGUUGACCGAUUUGUUGCUAUAGUUUUUCCAAUCAGAUCUUCCUCCUGGAGGAGCCCAAGGCGCGCAGUUGCACUUUGCUUCGUCGUGUGGCUUUUAACCUUUGGUGGUGCUAUGCCACUUUUCUUGAUUGACCAAACAGUAUACAUCACUAAUUUGAAUAUUACGACUUGCCAUGAUGUGCUUCCCCUCUCUGUACUACAAAACUACUUCACCUAUUACUUUCCCAUUCUGUGUGCUCUGUUUUUUGUAAUUCCCCUGGUUGUGACCACAGUCUGUUAUGUGGGUAUUAUUUCAGCCCUUUCUUCAACAAAUGUGGGAAGCGAAUUCAAGAAAACGUCAGCCAUCAUUUUGGCUGUGAUUGUGCUUUCUGUCUUCAUAGUCUGCUUUGCACCAACUAACAUCAUUUUGCUUAUACACUAUCUUCAUCUUAAUUAUGCAGCAAAUGACACUCUCUACUUUGUUUACAUGCUCUGUGUAUGCAUAGGCAGCUUGAGCUGUUGCCUUGAUCCUUUGAUUUAUUAUUAUGCCUCGUCUCUGUUCCAGAAGCAUCUAAAGAAUCUAUUUUGUUCUAAAAAUGAUACUAAAUCUGGGAGUAGUCAAACAGGAUCCAAGAGCUGUAAAACAGGAAACACCAAUUUCAAUGAUAGUACCUACAAAAAAUUACUGGCCUAAACUUAUCACGACAUUCUCACCUUUUAUUUUACUAUUUUUCAAAGAUACCGUAACCUGUAAUUUGGGAUAAAAUGUAUAAAAUAUCCUCUAAUAUUUUUGCUUCAUUAUAUUUUUAUUAUUUUUAUGUGUUUUUCUUUUAUCUACAUUUAUCUUGUGAUAAAAAUAUAAUUUAAUUAAAACUCACCAAUUCUGGUAAUAUUUCACUUGGCAGGAUAUGUUUGUUGGGUGUAUUCAGAAUAUGUUAUCAUCAACGUUCCACUACUGCUCAGUGUAAAUAAUGCUUAAACACUUUAUUGCACAUUCCAUACGGAUUAGUCUUGGUUACAUGCUUAUCCAGUUAAUGGGAUUUGAUUAGAAGCAGCUUCUAUACUUAGUUUGUUGUUUUGCUGUUUUCAGAUUAAUGUUGCAAUUGUCCUAUAUUUUGUUUUUUUUAUUUGAUGGAGGAAUAAAUGAGUGAAAGGCUCUAUACCCGAAUUGCUAUAGAACCAAUGUGGUACUCAGAACUAAAUAUCCCUCUUCAUUAAAAAGCUGUGAUCUAAUUGCUCUCUCAGAAAUUUAAAUUUUGAUUUAUAUGUUUUUCUAUGAAUUUGAUUUAUAGCUUUCUGAUCCUCCUGUACUCAGGUGAUUUUUCAUGCUUAGAAGGAAUUAAAUGCAAUGGAUUUUAUGUUAUGUAGGCUAAUAUAGUCCAGUUAUAUAGCAGAAUAUAAUUCUGUACCUUCACUUCUGAAAUGUUGCCCAUUUGCACCUUUUAAGGUCAGUGCCUGCAUUCAACUGUACAUUUUGCCUUUCAUUUGUUUCUAACAUGCAAGACAAAACUGAAAUUCAUGUACCUAGAAAUUGUGUCACAUUAUGUCACCUGUUUUGUGUACUGGAAUGAUUAAAUUUCAAUGAAAAAUCA